CCUGCAGCACCGGGUGGUGUGUUCGGUUUAAGGUGAUGAGUGUAAUCUUAACGGUUGGGGCCGCAUUUUGCGUGAAUGCGCUAUCGGUUGGUCCUAUGAAGUCGCUGGGUGUAUUCUUUAUUCAAUAUGAAAGAGAGUUGGGUGCAAGUGCUGGACAGGCAUCACUCGUGACUUCGUUGCUUUAUGGAGCAUUCUUUCUCAGUGGGCCCUUUGCAACCAUUUUGGCAAAUCGUUUUGGAUUCAGGCAAACAAUAAUAUUCGGUACAAUUUUGGCAUCCGCUGGUUCCAUAGGGUGUUCAUUCUCUCAGCACAUUGCAGUCGUACAUGCAACCAUUGGAAUUAUGACAGGUGUUGGAUUUGGUCUUGUCAAUGUACCGACUAUAGCUCUAAUCGGUAUACGUUACAAAGAGAAGCGAUCAUUCUUUAAUAACAUUGUGACAAUGGGGAGUGCUUUAACCGCGAUACCUCUAUCGCCUUUAGUUCAACUGUGGAUCGACGUCUAUGGUUGGAGAGGAGCUUUUCUUUUAAUCGGCGGUGUUAUUUUGAAUGUAAUACCAAGUUGCCUACUCAUGAUAUCCGCGAAAAUGAACAAACAAAUUGCACCUGCAAAACGAAGGCUGAUCGACUUGAGUCUACUCAAAUCUAUAACUUUCCCUGCAUAUGCCGUGGCUGCCGGUUGUGACAUGGCGGCAAUGGUUGCAAUCACUGUGUAUUUAGUUCGAUUCGCUCAGGAUCGAGAUGUUGGUAACUACAUUGCAGCGUCUUUAUCUUCAGUAAUAUCAAUUGUGGAUUUGACUUUGCGACCUAUUUCUGGCUAUAUAACCACGUUGACGAAUAUAGGUCCUAUACCGAUACGAAGGACAUACUACUUCUGUGGCGUAGCUUGCAUACAAGCCCUUGUUGUGAUUAUAUUUCCAUUUACUCAAAGCAUUUACGCUAUUGUAGCUGUUACAGUCGCAUAUGCCAUAUGCAUUGGAUUGCGAGGCGCCCUUUCGAUUACUAUUCUCUCAGAUUUAUUCGGAACAGACAAACUCGUUAGUUCGUUGGGACUCAGAGCGUUCGCAGUGGGAACUUUUUCAGCUGCCACCCCUCCACUGAUUGGACGCAUUGUGGAUUCAACUGGGUCAUAUGAUGCGCCGUUUUACGCAAGUGCGGUGAUGUCUGUCAUAUCAGCUAUUUUGGUAUCUAUGGUACAGAUAAUCAUACUGAGGCGGGAGAAGGAAGCCGCUCGAAAGACGAAAUCCAUUAAUGUGGAUGAAACUGCAGAAUACAAACUGUGAAUACAAACGUUUUCCAAAAAUCAGGAAACGACAUUGAAAAGGUUGCUACUCCAUAAAAUAAAAAUGUUUGUAGUACAGCGAUUUAAAUACCACCCUCAUACGUAUUUGUAUUCUGUGAAAACAUAAAAUUUAUUCUGUUCAUGUUAAUAUCCAAAUGUGUUCAUAAAGUUGGCUCAAUGGUGUAGAAUUCACCAAGAGAAAAAAUACACAUAGCGGAUGAUAGGCUUUAGUGAUGGUAGUCGCAUAAUUAUAUUAUCUGUUAUAAUUAUAUUAUAUAAAAUGUAAGGCAAUCUCAACUCGGUUUCCAAUAUAUUUUUCAAUUUGAAUGUAUUUUUGGAAAAUUAUACUACAUUUGUAAUUAUUGGAAGAUAGAGUUUUCAUAAAUUGAAAUAUGCCACUCUUGUUGAUGUUUUUUGAUGAUGGGUAAUAUAUAUUGUUAUUAUUUUUCAAACGCAGAUUUGAUUUGUGUCUAUGAUGAAUGCACAGCGUUCAAUAAAUUCGAAGACUUAAUGAGACUCCAGACUUAUAUAUAUACAAAAUUACUCAACUUUAAAUCUGCCUCGGCAAUCCGAAAAUUGAGACUUGACUUCGGACUGAAAAAUAAUUUUGGGCGAUUCAUUGAGGACAGUUUCCAUGUUGACGUUGAAUUUAAUAUGUUAUUCACACUUGUGUUGCAUAAAUUAAAAACACAAUAGCUUAUAUUAGCAAACAUCCAAGUUAAAUUAUUGCCCGAUUAUUUCUACUUUGGUUCUCAAAAUUGCGUUAGUUAAUCGUUAGACAGUGAACUUUCACGUCUUAUUCCUCGGCGCGUCUUUUGACUAUGCGAACCGCUGUUAAAAUCCACUAAAACUGACUUUUAGCCGCAGGGCCGGAGUUUCGAGAUUAUACUGGGGCCGAACGAAAAGUUUGGUAUACCCGAGCAAUAGGACUUGCAUCCAACUCCGGAGAAGAUAAACUAAUUGUAUAUAAUUUAUAUUAUUCAUACCGCUGACUGAACCGAUCGACCGCUGGUCGGUUUCAUUUUGUUGGCAACUGGCAGUCGGUAAACAGUGCAAGAGUUUAAUCAUGAACUGUAAGCAAG